AUAGCUUGUAUCGCUUUGAAUAAGUCUGUUAUAAGACAAGGAUCCUAUGUUUCAUCAAGGAGUAUCAGAUGUGAAACAGCAUUAAGGUAUUUAAGAAGCCAACUCAAAGAGUUCUUCCUACACAAGUAUUCAGGUCUUGAACAGUCCAGGCAAACAACGCACGUUACAACAAAGCUUAAACUUGUUCUUCAUAAUAAUUUUAAAAACAGCAAAAAAUAUCCACCUCCCUUUCCAUUUCUUAUAAGGGGUCUUGAAGUUUAAAUCUCCUCGGUGUGAUAGAUACACUUGCUUUGACCUGCUUAGCUCUUGGAAGACCAGGGGCUCCGUGCUGCUGGUCCCGUGCUACCCCGGAGUCUCUAGGGACAGCCCUGUCUGCCAUUAGGAAAUUUUUCCCUGAGAACCCCCUGCAACAUUUAGUGAACCCCAGUUUGGAAACCACUGUCUCUAAGGUUUCCUCUUGAAAUGUAGAGCUGUUGAAGAGUUUUAUAAUAAGGAAAGAGCUGAGUUUCUUUGUUUUGUUUUUACUUACCAGGGAGACAAGAUGUCAUCUGUCCUCUUUACUUGGAGUAGCUGAGAAGAACCAGGAUUCAAAAUGAGAACCAACAAGGUCUACAAACUCGUCAUACAUAAGAAGGGCUUUGGGGGCAGUGAUGACGAAUUAAUGAUGAACCCCAAAGUGUUUCUUCACAUCAAGCUGGGAGAUGUUGUUGAGAUUGCACACCCUAAUGAUGAGUACAGCCCUCUGCUCCUGCAAGUGAAGUCACUUAAGGAAGAUUUGCAAAAAGGUAAGACUCCAGACUCUUGUAGUGUGACUAUAAGGCUUAACAGAGGAAAUCGCAAUGAAAUUAACCACAAUUUCUAGUUUUUUUUUUUAAAU